AUGGCCAAGCUUGGCAAGAGCCUUGCCCCGGGCCGAGAGCGACCCUCCGAAAUCCCAGCUUUGAAAGUGGACCCGGCAAAGGUCACCGACAUCUUCUUCGACUUCGAUGGCACUUUGACCGCUUCAAACAAAGAGGGGGUUUCUGGAUAUGUUCUGCCCUUGCUGGAAAGAUGUGUGGGGCUUCGCAUUUCCGAUUGCAUUGAGGGCCCUAGCAGUGGCCGCGACAUACUAACCUGGAAGGAGUUGGACCUUCGCAUGGCGGCUGCCGUGCCAGAAGCAAUUUCAGGCGUUUCCGGCGAAACAUCAGUGCUUGGCAGCCUGGCAGUGCGUCAGCACCUCGAAAGCUCCCUGAAGCUGCUGGUUUCUUGCGGAAUUCGACUGCACCUGCUGACUAUGGGCACACCGCAGACGUCGAAGGCAUUGCUUGGUGCAGCUGGUUACGACCUGAGUCUGUUCUCCAGCUUUUUGGGGCCCUUUGACAUGGCAAAGAACCAAUCACUCCGAAACCUCUUUGAUAAUGGCGACAUGGACGGGCAGGAAGCAGCUGAAAGCUUCCAGUUCGACGUCCAGGAAGACAUCGACGCUUUGCAUCACUUGCAGCGAACAGGAGAUCAGAAUCCCACGCUUCAGCGCAUCAUGAGCAUGGAGAAAAGGCUUUCCAAAGCGGCGCUCAUUCACUCCUUGGCGGGCGAGGGCGGUCUUCUUGUGGAUGACAACUACGCAAAGAACAUCUUCGAUGCACACAGCAAAGAUGUCAUGUAUCUUCUCGUGGAUCCUGAAGGUGUUCUGAACACGAGCUCUGCCGUCCAAGACUUGGCAGAGCUGCUUGCUGCAAAAGUGGGAAACCAAUCCUUCCCCUUGCUACUCUGCACAAGAAUUCAGUCCAAGCCGCAAAGCCCUAAACAAACCCCGGACCCUAACCCUAAACCCCAAACCCCAACCCUGAAUCUCAAAAUCCCCAAACCCCAAACCCCAACCCUGAACCCCAAAAUCCCCAAACUCUAA